GUGGUUAGUCGGACUCUUUGCGUGUAUGCUCCUGCUACAGCUGUGUGGAUGAAGUAGCCGUUAGCAUGUAGCUAACAGUCUGUGCGGUGGUUUUAUCGAGGAUAUAUAUAAAUAUAGUAUAGUUAUAAAGUCAUGGCAGCUCCGUCCGCUCCGGGUUCAGCGGGCCCGGGAGAGCUGAGCUCGGGGGCCGCGGGCACCAUUAAGCUGGUCCCGGUGUUAGCAGGAGCUAAGGGGAAGAAACGAGCCGCGAGCCCCGCUGGAGCUCCACAGCUUCUCUUUAACACCAUCAGCAGCAGCUCCAACACCAGCAUAACCAACCCCAACAAUAGCAGUAGCAGCAAGAAGAGGAGAGUUCAGCCCGUCACUGCAGCUCCAUCCAGCUCCGGCGCUGGACAAGCUCAGAUUGUGGUCGUUGAUUCAGCAGAUGGGAAGCCGCUUGCUACAGCAGAUGUCUGCACUCUGCCUGCUGAGCCUGCCGCCAAGCCCCUGCCUUUUAAAGACCCAAAGUUUGUGCAUUCAGGAAUUGGCGGGGCAGCAGCAGGGAAGAAGAACCGGACAUGGAAGAAUCUGAAGCAGAUUCUGGCAGCAGAAAGAGCAUUGCCCUGGAAAAUGAGUGAUCCCAACUAUUACAAUAUAGAUGCACCUCCUUCAAUGAAGCCUUCUAAGAAGUACUCUGAUAUCUCAGGAUUACAAGCAAACUACACAGAUCCUCAGACUAAACUGCGCUUUACUUCAUCUGAAGAGUUUUCUUACAUCCGCUUGCUUCCCACAGAUGUAGUGACUGGUUACCUGGCCCUCCGGAAGGCCACCUGCAUUGUCCCCUGAGAGAGCAUCUCAUAUGCUACCUAGAAAUAUCUACACUGGCUUCAUGUAAGAGAUAGACAGUGCAGCUAUGAAACCACAUAAAACAAAGACCUAAAGAAAAUGCACCAUACCAUACUUGAACAAAAGGAAAAAGAGGAAUGGAUGUGGUUCUUGAUACAUGAUAAAUGUGGACUUGUACAUAAUAUAUGUAGGUUACUAAUGACUGAAAUGUCUUCCUGACCUGAUAGAAAUAUAAUACUUUGAUGGAUAAGUUUCAUCCAGAUUUUGGGACUGAUGUGUCUUUGAAAACUUAUUUUUCUGUUAUGUAAAUUAGUUGUAAAAUAAAUUAGUAUAUUUUUACAAGCUC